UAGUUUGAGAUAAUGUGUGUGUUGUUGUUUUUUUUCAUGGGACAGAAUCAAAUCUGGUAAAGUGUAUUUUGUUAGUAGGAGCGACAGUUUUGAAACGUGCUGAUCUGACUGAUUUGAACCAGAUGUUGCAGACCAUAAGUUGACUUGUCAAAAUGUGUUGUGCCCUUUCAUUUAGAGACUAAAAGCACGUUAUGAUUCAGCACCAAAAAGACAUUUCGGGAAUACAUACGAUCAUUUUGAGAAACAAAUAUGAGACUGCAUAUUUCACCACGUGUCAACGUUUUGAAUAUAUAUGUAUCCCAAAAUACAACUAUAGGCUGCGGUUAUUUGGUAUAUGUGAAAAUGUGACCCUGUGAUCGCACUCUGUCUCAGGACACAUUUCACAAAAAAAAUACUAUUCUUUCUACUUUUUUUGCCUGAACUCUUCCCAAACCGACUGUCCAUGCACUCAGUUUGACAAUGAAUGAUCGAGGUGUUUUUUUGUUGAGGUUUUUAUAGCAAAAUCAAUACAUUUUGUAAAUAGUGCACAUAUUCAAUACUGCGGUGGUGAACAGGGGUACAUGGUGAUAUUCAGCGCGGGAGUUAUUAACAGAAUAGUUUUUGUCCUUCAACAUGUUGGGACCUGUCUGUCUGGGACCUGUCUGUCUGGGACCUGUCUGUCUGGGACCUGUCUGUCUGCGACCUAUGUGUCUGCUACUGGCUACUGAAAUGUCGCCAUGACGACUGAAUCAGGAGCCGACUCUGAGCCUAAGCAGCAGCAGCAGGGGAAAGGAGGGAAGGAGAAAGGAGGGAAGGAGAAAGGAGGGAAGGAGAAGACAGCAGAACACUUCCCAGCCGCCACGGGACACAGCACACCUGCCAGGAGUAACCAGUUUGAGGAGGACCUGUCGUCAACCAGGUCGUCAACCAGUCGCCUGUCAAUCAAGUCUCCACUGAGGGGAGUCAGGAAGCUGAAGAACAUGCAGUGUAAAAUCACCCUGCUAGAUGGCUCUGACUACACCACGACGGUGGACAAACGAGCCAGAGGCCAGCUGCUGUUUGCCAAGGUGUGUGACCAUCUGAACCUGCUGGAGACGGACUACUUUGGCAUCACGUACCGCGACGUGGAGAACCAGAAGAACUGGCUUGACCCGAACAAGGAACUGAAGAAGCAGAUAAGGAGUGGUCCCUGGAACUUUGGCUUCAACGUCAAGUUCUACCCCCCAGACCCUGCCCAGCUGUCUGAAGACAUCACCAGGUACUACCUGUGUCUCCAGCUGCGUGAUGACAUGGUGUCUGGUCGUCUCCCCUGUUCCUUCACCACCCACACCAUACUGGGCUCCUACACGGUCCAGUCAGAGCUGGGGGACUAUGACCCCGAGGAGACGGAGUACAACAGUGAGCUCCGCUUCGCUCCGAACCACACCAAGGAACUCGAGGACAAGGUCAUGGACCUACACAAGAACUACAAAGGGAUGACCCCAGCUGAAGCAGAGUUACACUUUCUGGAGAAUGCCAAGAAACUGUCCAUGUAUGGAGUAGACCUGCAUCACGCCAAGUUGGUGGGAAGCCCGUUUGAGUGUUUGGCUCCAGCUAAAGGGGAGGACUCUGAAGGCGUAGAGAUCAUGCUAGGCGUGUGCUCCAGUGGUCUGCUCAUCUACAGAGACAGACUGAGAAUCAACAGGUUUGCCUGGCCCAAGGUCCUCAAGAUCUCCUACAAGAGAAACAACUUCUACAUCAAGAUACGCCCCGGAGAGUUUGAGCAGUUCGAGAGCACGAUUGGCUUCAAGCUCCCUAACCACCGUGCAGCCAAGAGGCUGUGGAAGACCUGUGUCGAGCACCACACGUUCUUCAGGUUGGUGUCUCCAGAGGCCCCCCCGAAGAAGUUCCUAGGUCUUGGUUCUAAGUUCCGCUACAGCGGUAGAACCCAGGCUCAGACCCGGAGAGUCUCCUCUCAGAUCAUCAGGGCCGCGCCCAUCUUCGAACGCUCCUCCUCCAAACGCUACACCAUGUCGCGCAGCUUGGACGGAGCGCCCGUAACAGAGAACCACGACACCCUGAUGAGGGAAGCCACGCCCGCCAAAACUGUCACCGCUGGAGACCUGAUCACCACGGUAACGCCAGAGAAGAAGGCGGAGGAGGAGAAGGCCGAGGAAGAGGAGGGACAGACCGACGCUACAGAGACGUCAGAUCCUAAUGUCCCCUCAACCCCCCUCAGACACGACAACAAGCGCUCCCCGUGCCUGUAUUCCCGUGACCCCCUCCGCUCUGAGCUCUCCCUCCCUUCCUCCCCCGUGGCCUCCACUAAGGUCCGUCGGCGGCGCAGGGAGAACGCGUCCCGUAAACGCUGUGCGUCCGUCAGCCCGGUUAAAUCCUCUGCGGGGUGCCGUCGGCGCCAGGCCAAAGCGGACCGCGCCGCCGCCCUCCUAGAGGAGCAGGUGUUACUCCUGUCGGCCCGGAAACAGCGUCUAGAACAGCUGAAGGCCCACGGGAGGCGGGGCGGCACUCUGUUCUCCUUCUCCCUGCACCUCCCCGACCUCUCCUCUUACCUAGACGAGGAUGGCUACCUCACCUUCCCCGACAUCACGGAGCUCACCUUCCUCCCUGAGAGCGUGCAGCACUUCCGUCCGUUCAGGUCACCCUCCCUCAUCCCCUGCUUCCUCUUCAUCUUCUUCUUCCUCUUGUCCACGUCGUUCUCGGUGCCCUACGCCCUCACGCUGUCCUUCCCGCUGGCGCUGUGUCUGUGCUACCUGGAGCCCAAGGCGGCUUCUCUCACCGCAUCCAUCGCUCAGGGCCUGCAUCAACAUGACAGUUGUUCAGAGGAAGAGGAAGAGGAAGAUGAAGAGACGGACAGCGAGCAAACUGACUUUGCCUUUGACGGGGAAACUACGGCCACUGAGUCGGAGCCGGAAGACGAUCAUUCUGAGAUGAGGACACAGUAUAGUUUCAUAAGGCGAAUUAAAGGAGAGAACGUUUUUAUCAAGCAUAGUAAUCUCAUGUUAGAGAACACAGAGGCGUCGGAGGAGCUGGUGAAACGUCAGAGAGACGUCAGUGAACUGAAGCGCUCCUUCCUGGAGACGUCAGGUGGCGCUGAAUCCCUGGGACUGACGGAGUGGGAGAAGAGACUGUCCUCGUCUCCUCCAGCGCGCUCCCACAGCGAGGGAGUGGAGGAGGCACCCAUGAUAGAGCCACUAAACACCCCACAGGACUCAGAGACAGAGGAAGUUCCUGCUGCUGAGGAAGAAAUGAAGCAGGAGGUACAAGCCAAUGGCAUUGAGGCUGCAGGCAUGGUGAACUCUAGUGAUGUGGGGGCGGGGACUGCAGGAGGACAGGGGUGUGGUCUGAUGACUGACACCUUAGAAGACGUCACCAGUGACUGGACGGACAGAGAGACGGACGGAGAGGAAGACAAGUUCCUAGUAUCUCCAGAGCUGAAGAUAAGUCCAGGGACAGUCAGACAGGAAGUCUCGACAGCCAUCUUGGACAAGAGAGGAACACUCAUCAUCCUGAGGGAGAUGGAGUCUGAAGACAAAAUGGACGCCGGCAGAGACGUUACCAAGACCAACCAGGAGAAAGGAGGCGGGACUUCAGCAAGCGUUAAGGAAGGUGAAGAUGACGAACUAGAUGGAGAUCCUCUCACCAGAUCUAAGGAGAAAUAUGCCAUAAUCGACACGAAUGAAGAUGAGACCGGUGGUGAGGUAGAUGCUGAGGCCAUGUCUAAGGAGACCAGCAACAAGAGAGAGAUAUCUCUCAACUUAAGCCAGACUGAAACGGAUGAAGAAAUGAGUGCCGUUAACUCACUGCAGAAGACUGAGGCUCCAAGUCCCUCUGAGGUCUUGACCAAGACAGUUGAAAGGUCAGAGUUCACCACCGUGUCACAUGAGAAGGUGACGGAGCUGAUUACCCAGGAUGCACCGCCAAAGAGAGAGGAAUCGUGCGGCCUGGAUGAAGCUGUGAGCAACCUAUCACAGUGGGCCUUCCCCGACGGUCAAUUUGCCACCAAACCAUCACCUGGAUCUCUUGCCGUGAGCCUGGCUGAAGAGGAGGAGGAGGAGAUAGGAGGGAGCCAGGGGAUUGCUGAGACAGCACACUCUACAGGACCUACGAAACCCGAGGCUGUGCCAGCAGUGGAGGUACCUGUCGUCCACACGGAGACUAAAACCAUCACGUACGAGUCCUCAGAGGGUGACUACAAUGGCGAUGUGGAACCCGGUGUUCUGAUGAGCGCACAGACCGUCACCUCGGAGACCACCAGCACCACCACUACCACGCACAUCACUAAGACUGUGAAAGGAGGGAUCUCUGAGACCAGGAUAGAGAAGAGGAUUGUCAUUACAGGAGAAGCAGGAGAUAUCGACCAUGAUCAGGCUCUGGCCCAGGCCAUAAAGGAGGCCAAAGAGCAGCACCCUGACAUGUCAGUGACCAAAGUAGUGGUUCAUAAAGAGACAGAGAUCACACCUGAGGGAGAGGACUGACCCAGGAGUAAAGCCCAGGACUGUUUUUAAAUCCCCUGGUGGAAGGACUCCCCUCAAACCUCCAGCAUCCAACUCCCAACGUCAUAUGAUGGGUUUCAUUACAUUACUGUGCCUGCCUGCUGGGCCUGUUGUAAACUACAGUGGAGACUACACAGGCCAGCCUAUUGUUCUACAGACAGUCUUGUUCUAUAGAAAUACAAUCUAUAGAGCGGGCUUCCCCGUUCAAGUCAAUGAUGGCGUAAUAGAUUCUAAUUCUAUGCUCUCCUCUCUCUAUGGUGCCGUUCCUAAUCUGAGCUCCAUGUGCUUACCUUGGCUUUACUGCCUAAAUUGUGAUGUCAACGGAAGAUUAAAGUCAAAAUUAGGUAGUUAAGGUUUAUGCCUAUCGUCAGUCCCAUCCGUCAUUAUAAAAAUUUUAAAAAGUAUAUUUGCAUGAGCAGAAUGCCGCAAUUAUUAUAAUAAAAAUAAAAUGAUCCAAGAUUUACUGUGAGAUAAUAAACAAACAGGCUAUUAAAUCACUUGAACUCUCGCUGAACUCUACAACAGGCAGGUGGAUUUCAUUCACCGUCUUGCUAUCUAUUUAAGAUUAUAUUAUAAACAGUCUUUUUUUUUUUUUUUUUUUUUGGUCAUUUUAUUUAUAAAAUGAAAAUUCAUCACUCCGAGAGGGGAAAAAAGAAGUUAAACUGCUGUAGGCUUUAUGUGACCUAUUAGAGCACACAACAAUAUUAUUAUUCUAAUGACUUAGUAGCUGGUAGAAGUGCCGACCUCAAUACCGCCUCACUCAAUCGUCUCAGAUAGAAAUACAUUUUAAAUCCACUUUUACAACAAAGUCCUGUAUGUGUUGUCCUGGGCAACAGCAACUGCAAACCAAGGCAGAUUAUAUCGUCUAUAUUCAGCAACAAAUUAUUUUAUUCAUGUUGUAUUGUAUUUUUUGUCUGAACAUUUUGUCAGUAUUCUUUAUUCAAACAUUGUAGCAUAUUUCAAAAUAGCCUGUGUCCCAGAUCGGUUUGUCCUCGUGGCAACUCUAUAUCACCCAUUGAGCGACAUGGAGAUGGCAUGAUGGCACUAUCCGACUGGCACCCAGGCUAUAUUUGAGACGGUUGACAGAUUGUUUUAAAAAAACACUUUCUAGAUGGGGGGAUUACAUAGUUUGUGCCCAGGCUAUGCUUGAGACAAUGACAAGUCUGUUUUUUAAAAACACUUAGUCUCGAUGUGGGUUUUACUUGUAUUGUUGUGAUCUAUCUGCAAACGGACACAAAUGGUAAACAUUCUCCUCUGUAUUAAUUCAUGGCUGGACUACAGUUCCCACAAUGCUGUGUGUGACUGACUGAAAGGCCCAGGACUCAAACUAACAGGACUGCUCUGUCCAGAUGAACAUAUUUUGGUCUGAAAUAGCACCCUAUCCUCUAUAUAGUGCACUACUUUUAACCAGAGCCGUAUGGCAUUCACUAUAAAGGGGAUAUGGUGCUAUUUGUGACUCAUCCAAAGACAAGUAUUUAAUCUGAUCUGUCAGUCAAUCAGGUCUCAGAAGCCGUAAUAGUUCUGUUCUAUCAUAGUUGCUUCUAGACACUGAUCUUGGGUCAGUUUUGCAUUUUCCCUAUUAUAGCUAAGGUUGGGAUUGGGGAGGGGGGGGGUCUAAUUUUGAAUUGAACCUUUAUCGUACUUGGCAAGUCAAUUUAAGAAGAAAAAAAUCUUAUUCACAAUGAUGGCCUACCCUAGCCAAACCCUUCCACAAACCCAGACGACGCUGGGACUCCCGAUCACAGCCCGUUGUGAUACAGACCCGGGUCUGUAGUGACGCCUCCCUUAGACCUCUGCGCCACUCGGUCCCCAAAAGCUGAUCUAAGCUGAUCCUAGAUCGGUACCUAAAGGUAAACUUCACCCCAGAGCCAGUAUCAUCAAUAUAUAACUAUAUAUAGCUACAACCAAUCAGGAUGUUCCAGCACCAACAGAACGUGGAAUUAUACAAAGUGGCAAAUGCAUAUUAUUGUGAUUUUUUUUUUUUUCUUUUCUUUUUGAAUAAAAUAUUGAUUAUAUUAUUCUGAA